AUGCACGUACACUGCGCUCCAGAUGUCCAAAAUCGGCUUACUGACGGAAUUACGGCCACAAAACAUCUAUGUAUCUGGAUGAAAUGGGGCUCUUACACGACUCUGAAUCGUGUCUGUUUGGCUGCCAUCAAAGAAGAUUAUGGAAUUACGGUGUUUAGUACGCUCUAUAAUCAAAAGGGCAAUCUGGAAAUAUUGAUGCUGAGCAACGAAUAA